UCCUCGCCUUUCCCUUCUGUCUCUCUCUCUCUCUCGCGUUCUCUUCUCUCUUUCUCUUCAAGGGAGGAGGAAGGGACGGGAGUAGCCGCCCUAAAACUCAGAGUUCUCCCUUCGGUGUGACUUUCUUCCCCAAGACAAAGAUCAGGACCAUCGAACAAGGAUCUGCACAGGUUUCUACUUAUUAUGCUGGAAGAAUUUGAGGAUCCUGGGUUAUGGACUUUCUACUGUACUGGAGUUUCAGAUGAAGUUAUAGCAUUAACAUGCCAAAGGAAAGAAGAGACCGUUCUACCUCUCUUCACAGAUGCAGGCCGUCUCCUUUUCAUUGUAGCUCUAGUCGCAGUAGGCGAUCUUCAUCAAGAAAUCCCACAGAAGUGGAAGACAUAAAGGAAUGGGAAGAAGUGCGAUGCCCUGUCUGCAUGGAGCAUCCCCAUAAUGCUGUGCUGCUUUUAUGUUCUUCCCAUGACAAAGGCUGCCGUCCUUACAUGUGUGAUACCAGCUAUCGCCAUUCAAAUUGUCUUGAUCAGUUCCGUAAAGCAUUUACUGAAUCUGCUUCCCUAUCACCUGCAUUCGUCACCCAUGUAGAAAAUCUUUCAGAGGCAUGGCCAUUAAGAGCUUCCUCUUCUCAUUCAACCGAUCAAAGGGACAGGGUUACUGAUUCAGAUGUUCAUGCAGCCCAAGAUGGUCAGCAAGCUGCGGAUGCAAUCUGUGAGCACCAGGAAAUGCCAAAGCUUUCUUGCCCGCUUUGCCGUGGAGAGAUAAAUGGAUGGAUUGUAGUGGAGUCUGCACGCCGUUUCAUGAACACAAAGACCAGGAGUUGUGCACAGGAAUCUUGUACAUAUAGUGGCACAUAUUCAGAUCUCAGGAAGCAUGCAAGACAUGAACACCCACUUGCCCGUCCAUCAGAAGUGGACCCAGACCGGCAGCGUGAUUGGAGGCGUUUGGAACGACAAAGAGAUCUGGGAGAUGUUCUAAGCACCAUUCGCUCGGCAAUGCCUGGAGCACUGAUGUUUGAGGACUCCUUUGAGGUUGAUGGGGAGAGUGACCUUACGGGGCAUGAGGUUGAGCUUCCUAGUGAUGAAGGCAACUGGUGGACUGUGCUUCUUCUGUUCAGAGUAUUCCGGCCGGGAUCCCCUCUCAACAGGGAGUGGGUGUUCCCAUCUAGAUACAGAGGAGUGACAAGGACACGUCGUAGAACAACCUCUGCUCCAGUAGCCAGGCGGAGUCUCUGGGGAGAGAGUUACGAGGAAGUAGGAGGUGCCAGUGCAAAUAGCAGUACGGCUAACAAUGGGGAAGGUGUGUCAGGAUCCCCUAGGCAGCAAGAUGGGGACAGGCCUGGGACCUCGGAUGAGAUCUAAACUAAUUUGUUCCCUUGUAAACCUCUUUUGGAGGGUUGGGCUGUUGCUUCUCAUACUCUUGAUGUUCCCUGGCACAUCCUGUGCCGUUGAUUUCUGAAGUGUAGUAGUUGUAAUCAGUUUCACACAGGAUUUGUUUCCUCGAUGCUUGAUGAGAGAAAGAAAAAUGUGUUUUUCUUUCA